AACACACCACUUCGUUUUGCUUGCUCAUGUCCAAAUCUGUCUCUAUCCUUUUUUUUUUUUUCUUGCGGUGGUACAAAAAUUCAGAAACAACUGUAUAACGCAGUUAAUGACCGAUUUUUGUUUUUUAGUUUUUUAGUUUUUUUCUUGCUUCCUUCACCUACUCUCUCUCUCUCUCUCUCUCUCUCUGGAAGUCAAGUAAUAAGGCGAUUGAUUGGUUGAUCCCAUCUAGGGCAAACGAAGUUUGACUUUCUCGAGAAAACAUGCCAGAAUUUAUUUGAAUUCAGGCUUUGUGGGUCUUGAUUUGGAAGAAAGGAUGGGUAACAAGAUCAUGUCUAUGAUGAAGAAAGAUGGAUCUAAGAGCAAGAGAAUGAAUCGCUCUCAGAGGAAACUGCUCGCUGAUGAAGAGUUGCUGCAUCGCCGAGCUCUGUCCAUGGCCAUCCAUCAGACUCAGCUUUCUCAGCGAUUCGACGGAUCCAUGUCUAGACGGGUCGGGUCUACUAGCACCAGGAAACACCGCACCCUCUCUGACCCUUUCUCUAAUGGCAAGCAGGUACCAGAUUUUUCAUCAGAGAGCUUGACAGUGAAGAAAUUCGUCUUGGUGCACGGUGAAGGCUUUGGGGCGUGGUGUUGGUACAAAAUCGUUGCUUCACUGGAAGAGUCUGGACUCUCUCCUAUUACAGUCGACCUCACUGGAUCUGGUUUUAAUAUGACUGACACCAACACUGUCUCUACCUUGGAGGACUACUCUAAACCAUUGAUCGAGUACCUCGAAAAUCUCCCUCAAGAAGACAAGGUUAUUCUGGUUGGUCAUAGCACUGGAGGUGCGUCCAUUUCAUACGCGUUAGAGCGGUUUCCAGAGAAAAUCUCCAAAGCUAUAUUCGUAUGUGCAACCAUGGUUUCUAAUGGCCAACGACCCUUUGAUGUUUUCUCUCAAGAGCUUGGUUCCGCAGAGAAGUUCAUGAAAGAGUCGCAGUUCUUGAUCUAUGGCAAUGGAAAAGAUGAGCCUCCUACAGGGUUCAUGUUUGAGAAACAACACAUGAAAGGCUUGUAUUUUAAUCAAUCACCCAACAAGGAUAUAGCACUGGCAAUGAUGUCGAUGCGACCUGUACCACUUGGACCAAUGAUGGAGAAGGUAACACUGACCGCAGAAAGAUACGGGAAAGGGAGAAGAUUCUAUGUUCAGACACUAGACGACCUAGCUCUCUCACCAGACGUUCAAGAGAAGCUAGUGAGAGAGAACAGCCCGGAAGGAGUCUACAAGAUCAAAGGAAGUGAUCAUUCUCCAUUCUUCUCAAAGCCUCAGUCUCUCCACAAGAUCCUUCUCGAGAUUGCACAGAUUCCUUAAGGUCGUCAUCUGAUACUUCUUUGAAUAUUGAACAUAUUCUGAAUUGAAAAUACUUUUCUUUUCUUUGGGACCUUUUGUACACAAUUUUUAGAAUCGAGAUCCAUAGAUCAUACUUAUUAUAACAUUUGAAAGAUAAAAGUGGUUGAACAACAAAAGGGCCCUCUGUAUUAAAGAUCUUUAGGGGAUGCAUAUACAGGAGGAAGAAUAAACAAGGAGAAGAAGAUUGAACAUAAGGAAUCAGAGAAAGGAUCAUAUACACCAACAACACUCUUUUUUAUUAUUAUUAUUAUUAUUAUUAUUAUUAUUCCAAGUCUAGAAUGCCGAAAUUGGAGAGAAGGAUUUUAACUUGGUCGACAAGGUCUGAUCCUGUUGCAUACUCUGUCAGCAUCCCCACCGCAAAACCAAACAUAGCCCACCUGCAAACAAACAAACACACAGAGAGAUAGAUAUCUCAUGUCCAGCAAGUGCUAACUAAUUGUCGAGGCAACCGCAGUAUAGCAAGAAAAUGAGUUUUCAAUCAUAUGGGACUAAUCCAAAAGACGAGGCAGAAAUUAACUUUAAACUCUGUAUGUCUAACUUAUGCUGCAAAUGAAGAAACAUCAGCUUAAACCAGAACUACCCUCAAAUGCAAACAAGGUCAGGGAUUGAGAAUAUGUCAAGAACAACAUUUGCAAACAUCAUCAUAAUGGAUACAUAUUUAGCUUAUGAAUAAAAA